UCGAGGGGUUUCUCACAGGAGCGGAGAAGGAGCGCCCUGAGGAAGGGACACCUUCUGUCCCCUCUGUGGGCUCCUGGCACCGGCGAGGAGGCAGCGGCUGUCGAUCGUUUGGGUCGGUGUCCCUGAAGGCUGGGACCUCCAGAGCACGCUGAGAUCAAGAGACUUCACGUUUGCUCUGAAAAUGUUCCACUCUGAUGACAAUGGCUUUUCAUUGGAUAGUUUGUUUUAUGAAAGACCAGGUACAAGACCAAGGUCUCUAGAAAAUGAAAAGCCGAAGACUUGGUGUAUUGCGCCUGCUCCAGCUAUUGCUGAAAUUCCGCCCGCAGAGGAAUUGCAGAGGGAACUGGAAGAAAACACUCUACUGAGAGGGAGAAUGCACCAGCAGUUUACACAGCAGUGUAAAAGUAAUGGUGAAGCAAUCAAUGGUAAAUCACCAGCCCCUGUUCGGUUUGGCAUCGCCUCAGAGAAAGAAGUGCUCCACUUAAGCAUGGGAGAGAAAGAGAACAUUAGUUUUCAGCGUGAAAGUCUGAAGAUGGUUUCAUUGUUUCUGUCUUCUGACCCACACAAAUCUCAAACAGCAACACGGGUUUCUCAGCAACCUGGUACAGACUUUUCCCAAAAUAAGAUAUUAAGUAAUUUUCCAGCAGAGGGUGAUGAUGAAAGUGUUCAUUCAGCGUUUAGAAAAAGCUUAUUUAAAAUGUCUGAUUCUGUUUACAAAAGCAACGAAUUUAAAGAUCGUUCUAUGGAUGUGAAAGAAACUGAUCCUUACUUAAAUUUGAGUGAAAACAUGGAAGAAGCGAGAAAAGAAGCUUUACGGAGAAAGAAUCAUGCUCCAGUAACUCGAGACUGCGAUUUUACUCUGUAUAGGGUAAAUGAUGGGGACGUUGUGUCUGCAAAUGGAAUUAAAAUGAAACCAUUUCCUAAUGCUGCGGCAAUUCUGGAUAUGACAGGAACUACAGGAAGAAAACUGGACAUGUUGAGGUCUGUUGCAGAAAUACCAACCCAAUUUAGAAGUAUUUUUAAGGAAUUCCCAUAUUUUAACUAUGCACAGUCUAAAGCUUUGGAUGAUCUUCUCUACACAGACAGGAAUUUUGUGAUUUGCGCUCCGACAGGCUCUGGCAAAACUGUGAUGUUCGAGCUGGCCAUUACCAGAUUGCUCAUGGAAGUGCCGCUGCCGUGGUUAAACAUUAAAGUUGUUUACAUGGCUCCAAUAAAAGCUCUGUGCAACCAGCGUUUUGAUGAUUGGAAAGAAAAAUUUGGACCGAUAGGACUCAGCUGCAAGGAGCUGACAGGAGAUACAGUGGUGGACGAUCUGUUUGAAAUACAUCAUGCUCACAUUAUUAUCACAACCCCAGAAAAAUGGGAUAGCAUGACUAGAAGGUGGAGAGACAAUUCUGUAGUCCAGCUUGUGCGACUGUUUCUUAUUGAUGAGGUGCAUGUUAUAAAGGAUGAAAGCCGGGGCGCAACGUUAGAAGUUGUAGUCAGUCGGAUGAAGACUGUUCAGUCUUCUCUUUGGCAUCUUUCGGAGAACCAUGACACUGUUCCUCCCUUGAGAUUUGUAGCUGUGUCUGCAACAAUCCCAAACGCUGAAGAUAUUGCAGAGUGGCUUUCAGAUAGCAAGAUGCCUGCUGUAUGUCUGAAAAUAGAUGAUGAUCAGCGGCCGGUGAAGCUGCGCAAAGUCGUUCUUGGUUUUCCUUGCAGUGACAGUCAGACAGAAUUCAAAUUUGACUUAACUCUCAACUACAAGAUAGCCAGCGUUAUACAAACAUACUCGGAACAGAAACCAGCGCUUGUGUUCUGUGCCACAAGAAAAGGAGUACAGCAGGCUGCCUCUGUUCUUGCGAAAGACGCUAAGUUUCUGCUGAGUAUCGAACAGAAACAAAGGUUACAGAGGUCUGCAAAUUCGUUGAAAGAUUCCAAACUGAGAGAUCUCUUAAUGUGUGGUGUGGCUUAUCAUCAUGCGGGCAUGGAGGUAUCCGACAGAAAAGUGAUUGAAGGAGCUUUUACUGCAGGAGACUUACCAGUGCUUUUUACCACCAGCACUCUAGCCAUGGGAGUCAAUCUGCCUGCGCACCUGGUGGUCAUAAAAUCCACAAUGCACUAUGUUGGAGGAGUGUUCCAGGAGUACAGCGAAACUGAUAUUCUGCAGAUGAUCGGGAGAGCAGGGAGGCCUCAAUUUGACACUACAGCCACAGCAGUUAUCAUGACUCGUUGGAGCACGAGAGAGAAGUACAUACAGAUGUUAAAUGGUGCUGAUGUGAUAGAGAGCAGCUUGCACAGGCAUCUUGUGGAGCACUUAAAUGCAGAAAUAGUGCUGCACACUGUCACAAAUGUCAGUGUGGCUUUGGAGUGGAUUCGAUCGACAUUCCUGUACAUCAGAGCCUUAAAAAAUCCGUCUCAUUACGGUUUCUCAUCUGGGUUGGAUAAAACUGGAAUUGAAGCAAAAUUACAAGAAUUGUGUUUGAAGAACUUAAAUGAUUUAUCAUCUCUUGAUUUGAUCAGGAUGGAUGAAGCAAAUAAUUUCAAACCAACAGAGACGGGAAGACUAAUGGCCUGGUAUUAUAUUGCGUUUGAUACAGUGAAACAGUUUUUCAUCAUUAAGGGGACAGAGACGCUAAAGGAAUUGAUCACAAUGAUCUCCAACUGCACUGAGUUUCUGGAUAUCAAGCUGAGAACAAAUGAGAAGAAAAUACUGAACACUUUGAACAGAGACAAGGAUAAAAUAACUAUCAGGUUUCCAAUGGAGGGGAAGAUAAAAACAAGAGAAAUGAAAAUAAACUGUCUCAUUCAGGCCCAGCUAGGAUGCAUUCCUGUUCAGGACUUCACUUUGACACAGGAUACUGGCAGAAUAUUUAGAAAUGGCUUACGGGUUACUAGAUGGUUGUCUGACUUCCUGGCAUCAUGUAAGAACAACUUCUCCGCUCUAUUGAACUCUCUGAUUCUAGCCAAGUGUUUCAGGUGCAGGCUUUGGGAAAAUUCACUUCACGUGUCUAAACAACUUGAAAAAAUUGGUGUCUCGCUGUCAAACGCUAUGGUAAAUGCAGGGCUGACAACAUUCAAAAAAAUAGAAGACAUAAAUGCAAGGGAGCUCGAACUGCUGAAUGUAUCAGAAAUGAAAUUAAAUCUGCAGAUUUUGAACAGGCAUCCGCCUUUUGGAAACCAGAUAAAAGAAUCUGUUCUGCACCUUCCAAAAUACAAACUUGACAUUGAACAGCUUCCAAAAUACAGUGAUACAUUGGCAGAAAUCCUAAUAACCAUCACGUUAACCAACUACGAGCAGCUGCAGGCAAAGAGGACAGCAACGGACUUUCACUACGUUACUCUGAUCAUAGGAGACGCUGACAACCAAGUCAUUUUUAAUCAGAAGAUUAUGGAUUCUGCGCUGCUGAAAACUGGCAACUGGACAAAGAAAAUUGAUGUGAGAAGAGCUCUUAAGUCAGAAGUCAUCAGUAUAAAUUUAAUUAGUUCAGAUUAUGUUGGCCUCGACAUACAGCAAACGUACACAGCAUUUUACCUGACACUGGCACCAGGCAGAAGCAGGGUGGUUGCAGAUCGAAAACUGACAGCGAAGCCUUCCCUUGAUCCGUGUUGUGGCUCACCCCAAGGUCUGCGGGCAGCAGAAGUGGCUACAGAUGCUCUGACUGUGGACUUUGAGCUGAGAAGUGAUGUUUGGGACGACAUUGAUGAUGAGAAAUUAGUGUUUGCUAGCAGCUUUGCCAGUAGGGAAUUAGAGGAGCAUGAAGCACUUUGCCAGCCUGCCAGCAGCAGAGCCACCAAUGACAUUUUGAUAGAUUUGUGCUCAUUGCAAGAUGAGACUGAUAGUCAGAACUCAGUGGUGUCUGUGGCUGAUACAUUCACCUCUGAUGUGCUAUCUGCACAGAGUGGGAAUAUAAAUAUGUUCAGUCUGCAAGGAAAAAAGUAUUGGAAUCCUCCAGAAGAGCUAGGAAACAUCCGGUACUCUGUCUCAGAAACAACAUCGGGCUCUUCUAAAUUCACUCGGAAAGAGGAUUUUUUUAUUUGCACAAGAGGCCAGGAAAGAGAAAUGGAUCCCAGGUACCUUCCUGAUGGUGAAAGUGAUGAUGUCAAGCCCUUUCUUGGAAUAUUUGAUGGCAUUUUGUAAAACGUGUGAACAAAACACAUUGUAAGUCCUGGGGGCAAAAGUUACAGGCGUUUGCAGAGAGCGAAGCCUUCAGAUCCUGUGAAGAGAAUGGGAUUUCUGUUGUUGCCUGUUUAACAGCAGCUGGGUUGCUGCACAGAGUAGGUAACAAACCUGUUGUCUAAUUCAUGGAAUUCUAGGUACGUUAUCUUAUUUAGUAUUUAAUAUCUGUUGGUUGACCUUACUGCUUUCAGGAUGACAAAGAAAAACACUGGGCUGUGUCAAAGGAAAGUAGUUCGCAAACUGGUGAUGUUUUUCUAGCUCAAGUACAAGCCUCACAAGGGCAAGUCAGCUGUUCAAUACAUGCGCUGCUCACAAUUCCUCCCUAAAUGAGUGAAGCUCGCUCCUCAGAAGGGUCUCAAUGCUUCUUGGGCUUCUCUUUCAGUUUCUCUAAUGCUGAAUUUUUUCUAGCACUGAUUCUGUAAAAUAACUGAUUUACUAGUAAAAGUAACACAACAGUAAGUUACUGCAUACUCUCUUCCUUUUGGCAGGGGUGUUAAAGAUGUACAGCUUCCCUGAGGCAAAUGUGCUUCCGGGCUCUUGACAAACCCUCUGUAAAAUGUCUGUAAACAGUAUUGUAAAGCUGUGUUGGCUGUUGAUUCGGACACUCGAGGUCAUGAAAUGGGCAUUUGGGUGUCCUAGUGCAGAUGGCAGCACCCAGGGCUUGGAUUUGGACAUCUUGUACCUCUGGGGUUUGACUGGGACACCUGGCAAGUUCAGGAGUUAGAAAAAUACACGAUGUUGCCUAAAAUCCUAAAGACUGUUAAUUUUCACUGUUAAUGAUUCAAAAUGUGUGGAAUUAAAGUG